GCCUUCCGCCCGCGACAGCCGGCGAGAGCCACGAACCGGACAAAAACAACCAGAGGCAAUCUCCAUGGCAGCCGAGGCGCCCGUGCGAGCCCCCGCCGCGGCCCGGUCCGCGCGCCGGCCGGCCGCCGCCGCCGUCGUCUCCGCCUCGUCCGCCUCGCGCCCCGUCCUCGGCCACCGCCCCUUCCUCGCGCAGCGCUUCGCCGCCGGGCGCGCAGCGGUGGCCGGCCCCGCGGCCGGGCUCCGCCCGCGCCCGCGGAGGCCGCGGCUCUCGGUCGUCGCCAUGGCUGCCAGUGAUCGCCAGGUGCCUUUGCAGGAUUAUCGCAAUAUCGGUAUUAUGGCCCAUAUAGAUGCAGGAAAGACGACAACUACAGAACGCAUUCUGUAUUACACUGGAAGAAACUACAAGAUUGGUGAGGUUCAUGAGGGAACGGCUACGAUGGACUGGAUGGAACAAGAACAGGAGAGAGGAAUAACCAUUACAUCUGCAGCAACCACUGCCUUCUGGAACAAACACAGGAUCAACAUUAUUGAUACUCCUGGGCAUGUCGACUUCACUCUUGAGGUUGAGCGUGCUCUCAGGGUGUUGGAUGGUGCUAUUUGUCUCUUUGACAGUGUUGCCGGGGUAGAACCACAAUCCGAGACCGUGUGGCGUCAAGCAGAUAAAUAUGGGGUUCCAAGAAUAUGUUUUGUGAACAAAAUGGAUCGCCUUGGAGCUAACUUCUUUAGAACUAGAGACAUGAUAGUUGCAAAUUUGGGUGCCAAGCCUCUGGUGAUUCAGUUGCCUAUUGGUUCAGAGGACAAUUUCCAAGGAGUUGUUGAUCUAGUCAGGAUGAAAGCUAUUGUAUGGACAGGGGAGGAGCUGGGUGCGAAAUUUGAAUAUCAAGACAUACCUGCUGAUCUCCAAGAGAUGGCUCAAGACUAUCGUGUCCAGAUGCUGGAAACUAUUAUUGAAUUGGAUGAUGAUGUGAUGGAGAAAUAUCUUGAAGGAACUGAACCAGAUGAGGAAACUGUUAAGAAAUUAAUCAGAAAGGGAACAAUUUCUGCCAGCUUUGUCCCAGUUUUAUGUGGUUCAGCCUUCAAAAACAAGGGUGUCCAACCAUUGCUUGAUGCUGUUGUCGACUACUUGCCAUCUCCACUUGAUCUACCUGCAAUGAAGGGUACUGACCCAGAAGAUCCUGAAGUGAUCCUUGAAAGGCACCCAAGUGAUGAUGAACCAUUUUCUGGGUUAGCCUUCAAGAUCAUGACUGAUCCAUUUGUGGGGUCACUAACAUUUGUUCGCAUAUACUCUGGGAAGCUGGUAGCUGGUUCAUAUGUCCUCAAUGCGAAUAAAGAUAAAAAGGAAAGAAUCGGAAGGCUUCUAGAGAUGCAUGCAAACAGUAAGGAAGAUAUAACAGUUGCUGUGACUGGUGACAUAGUAGCGCUUGCUGGCCUGAAAGACACAAUUACCGGUGAAACACUAUGUGAGGAAGGCAAGCCUGUAGUGCUUGAACGUAUGGAAUUUCCUGAUCCUGUCAUUAAGGUUGCUAUUGAACCCAAGACCAAAGCUGAUGCUGACAAAAUGGCUACUGGAUUAAUCAAGCUUGCUCAAGAAGACCCCUCAUUCCACUUCUCUAGAGAUGAGGAAACCAACCAGACUGUUAUUGAAGGAAUGGGAGAAUUACAUCUUGAUAUAAUUGUAGACAGACUAAAGAGAGAGUUCAAGGUUGAAGCAAACGUUGGAGCUCCACAAGUCAACUACCGUGAAAGUAUUUCCAAAGUCGCAGAGGUGCAAUACGUCCACAAAAAGCAAUCUGGUGGAUCUGGGCAGUUUGCAGACAUUAUUGUGCGCUUUGAGCCUUUGGAAGCUGGAAGUGGAUAUGAAUUCAAGAGUGAAAUCAAGGGAGGGUCAGUGCCCAAAGAAUAUGUACCAGGAGUUAUGAAGGGAUUGGAAGAAAGCUUACCCAAUGGUGUCCUUGCUGGUUACCCAGUUGUGGACUUCCGAGCAGUGCUGGUUGAUGGCUCAUACCAUGAUGUUGAUUCAAGUGUCUUAGCAUUCCAAAUUGCAGCCAGAGGCGCCUUCCGUGAAGGAAUGAGGAAAGCUGGUCCAAGACUUCUGGAGCCAAUAAUGAGAGUUGAAGUGGUAACUCCUGAAGAUCAUCUGGGUGAUGUUAUUGGUGACUUGAACUCUAGAAGAGGUCAAGUUAACAGCUUUGGGGAUAAGCCUGGUGGACUCAAGGUGGUUGAUGCGUUCGUGCCACUUGCCGAGAUGUUCCAGUACGUCAGCACCCUCCGGGGGAUGACCAAGGGGCGCGCGUCCUACACGAUGCAGCUCGCCAAGUUCGACGUCGUCCCGCAGCACAUCCAGAACCAGCUCUCUGCGGCGAAAACAGAGGAAGCUGCUGCUUAAUUUUCAUUCUCCCCGUAGAUAUUACACAUACGGCCACGGCAGAGCAGGUUGAUAGGAAGGACAUCAAGGUGUAUGUAGCGUCGUAGCGUGUCCAACCCCGCGAGGGGACAUUAUUUGCCAUUGAUUUUGGACCUGGUAAUGGCCUUUGUCGAGUUUUCUCGAUGAGAAAAACAGUAAUUGUAAGUUUUUGGUUCCUUGCUCCUUUUGAGAACUCUUGAAUCAAUUCUCCCAUCUUGUUCGGUUC